UUUUAUCCAAUAGAAAAUCUUUAAUGGUUGACGAACAUAUUGUUAACUUAGAAUGUAGUGUAAACUUUCGACACUCAGAAAGCAAGUAGAAAAUGAAACGAAUAUACAAACGUUCCAAAAAAUAUGUAAAGUUCGGAAACAGCGUGAUGCUUGUCGAACUGCGCUUGGAUGUGAGGGGCGUCGUCGGGGACAACGAAUUACCGAUGAAAGAGGGCGCCACGGGGCAUGCUCGUACCUCGCAUGCCACAAGUAGAGAGGAUGACAAUGGUUCCACCUUCCCCAGCGCUUACCUUAAGGAGGUCUUGGAGCUGCUGCGAGAAAAGAUUUACGAACGCGUCACGCAACUGGUGAGUCACACGGAGACGACGGGAGACAAAGCCAAGAGAAACUCGGCCAGAAGAUACCAGUGCGAAGUAACUAUAGGUGACAAGGUCAGAGUUGGCUACAGAUUUAGAAAAUGUUCCACGGCUAAUCAGUGGUGUGUAGUUAAGUGUUGCGACAUCAUAGCCAGCCAUCCAUCAGCAGUAGAGGAUGACGGUGGUGAUGUAGGUGUGUAAAAA